AUGUUAAAGUCCAACAGUCCAUUCAACGUUGUUUCGAUUAUAUUAAUCAUCACUUACGCAAUCAAUGCAGUAUCCGCUUGGGAAGCGGAUUAUUAUGCUGGGGUUCAUAAUAACGGUACAAUCCUUAAUCAAGAACUAGAAGCUUUCUAUAAUUGCACUAAAAAAUACUUAAAUAGUAGUUUGGUUGUUGUGAUUGGUGAAAAGAAUGUGGUCGAUGUAUCUUAUGACAUAUGUGUAUCUACAAAUUUAGAUGAUGAGACAAUUUAUUCGUUAAGGCAAUGUUUGAGAAAUACUGGGAUUACUUUUAUUCUUUACACCAAUCCAACUUUAGUGGAAGAGAAUUCUGAAUCAAGAAGAUAUUUAUAUAGGGGCGAACCUAUUGAAUUUGAAUUGGAGGAGCCAAGUUUGACUAGCUAUUACGAUUUUAUAGGUGAAGACCAUUAUGUGAAUGAAGGAUGGCUGGAACCCACCAUGUCACUUACCAAACAAACCAAGUACAACUGGAUUACUAAAUUUUUUCAAUUCACUUUGUUUAAGAUCAAUUACAAAUUAUUAUAUACAUAA